AUGGACGACGACGGGAAGCUCUCGGCGGCCAACCUCCCCGACGACGUCUUCGUGGACAUCCUGUCGCGCCUUCCGGUGCGGCAGCUCUGCAGCUGCAAGUGCGUGAGCCGCGCGUGGCGCGACCUCAUCUCCCACCCCGACCACCGCCGCAGGCUCGCGCAGACCGUCUCGGGCUUCUUCUACCAUCUCCACGUCGACGCCUCCUGCCCGCCCAUACCCUACUGGCGCUUCUCCUCCGCCGCGUCUCCUCCCGGCGGCGCGCACGUCGUCGACCCCGCCUUCCCCUUCCUGCCGUCGAGCUUCUCGAGGACCGAGACGGAGCUGCUGGACUCGUGCAACGGGCUCCUCCUCCUACGCUGCUGCCGCGCGUCGCCGUCGCCGUCCUCCUCCUUGUACGUCGUGUGCAACCCCGCCACCGGGAAGUGGGUCGAGCUGCCGGCGCCGACCCACGCCCCGGGCACCUUCGGCCUCAGGUCCGACUACCUCCACGGGAGGCGGAGGACCCGCCUGGCGGCGCUGGCCUUCGACCCGGCCGUCUCCUCCACGCGCUUCCACGUGUUCCAGCUGGUGGAGAGGGAUCACUACCAGCCAUUCCUCUCCCAGUACCGCUUCGUCGUCGAGGCGGUGGAGAUCUACUCGUCGGAGACCAGCAGGUGGGUUCCUAGCAGCAGCACCGAGUGGAGCUGCCAGGUCACGUGCACCGGCCAGCAGGCGACCUACCACAACGGCUCCCUGCACUUCGCCGUCGACGACGGCGGGGUCCUGUCGGUGGAUACAAAUGCGUCGUGGAGGAUCACCUAUGUUUUUCCACACAGCCAAGAAACCUUCGGCGGCGGCUUCGUCGGCCGGUCACAGGGACGGUUGCUCUACGUGCACAAGGGCUCACGCUACGCCGCCUUGUCGGUCUACUCUCUGGAGCGCCGCCGCUGGAGCGCCGAGCAAUGGACGCUGAAGCACUAUGCCAGCCCGCUGGAUCAGUUCCGGAAGACGCUGUUCAAGGAGCACGAUGGCGUCGUUGCGGUUCAUCCGGACGGCGAUGUCAUCUUCCUCUUCGAUGCCAGCCGGGGGAUGUUGAUGGCCUAUGAUAUGGUUCGCAGGACCGUGCGCGACAUCCAGCCUCUCGCACAAGCGUCACCGUAUUACCCGUUCUUCCCAUACGUUCCCCUGCACUCGUCGGAGGCUUUAGCAGGGUAA